UACAACACGAAUUGCUGGGAAAACGACGAAGAAGACGGAAAAAGGUGAUCGUAGAUUUUGUGAGUGGAGUUAGUACAGUGAUUAGGGAAUACAAAUUUUGGUAAUUCACCAUUUUCCGGACGAAAAAUUUUACUGUGAUAGUGUCUUCUCUUUUUUCGAAAAGUUUUGACCAGGAUUUGCCGUUGAAGAAACCGAUUGCAGCAUGUUUACAGUAAACACACAUCAGCACCAACUGCUGUAUCAUCUGUCACAAAUUACUCCGCGUCACAGAAAUAUCCCGUUUAAGAAGCAGCAUAAACAUCAUCCGUCACCCAGCCAUGGGAAGGAAACUUCCUACCUGGCGCAGCAAGAUUUUGUCCCACGCAUCAAGCAAUCGCUGGUUCAGUUUUACGUAGAUAGCUUCCGACAGUCGGUGGAGCAACCGUUGCCAUCGACUAGCACCGCGAAACCAGAUGCUGCCACUCUGUUCGAGCUGAAAUUGCCUCGUCGGAUUGAGCGAAGUUUGUUGAAGCACUUUAGCAGCGUUCAAGUGGUGGCCAGCUGCCGGGAUAAUGUUCCAUGGAGUUUACAGCUUUCACCAAAGGCACGUAAAAGCAGGGGGGCUGGACAACAAACAGAAACUGUGUUCUUCAAUGGACCGGCAGUGCAAAAAAUAGUGCGUAGCUUGUUAGCUCAGCCCGCUAGUGCCAUGUCUUUGUUGCAACAACGAGGUUUCAAGACUGUGCGAUCAAUCAGUGCCGAGCAACGGAGAAAUCCUGGCUUGUUCACCCGGGUUAAGGAUACGAUAGCAACUCCAGUGGCACCUCAAAUCUCCCAUAAAUAUGAGCCCGUUCCGUUUAAUGCGCAAACCAUCACUCCACAGCAAUAUAACGAGCCGUUUAAUAAACUCCUAAGCGAGGUUAAUGACCCUACGAUAGCGGAAGAUCAACGACAACGUUUGAAGGUUGCCUUUGCGGAGGGCUAUUUAACUGCCACUCAUCCAGAUCACGCCAAUCGGUCGGGAAAAGCAAUGCGAUACCUGAAAGUUCUCCAGCAGCUGCUUAUCAUCGUCGUGUUUAUUGGAAUUUUCAUAAGCUUGUUUGUUUCGACCAACGGAUCCGUCUUCAGAAUACAAAUCGGCAACCAGGUCGAAGUCGAUCCCGAAGACAUCUCGGUUACGUUCGAGGAUGUCAAGGGUUGCGACGAAGCUAAACAGGAGCUGAAGGAAGUGGUUGAGUUUUUGAAGAACCCGGAUAAGUUUAGCAACCUCGGGGGCAAACUACCGAAAGGUGUACUGCUGGUGGGACCACCCGGAACUGGUAAGACAUUACUGGCUAGGGCGGUAGCCGGCGAAGCGGGUGUUCCAUUUUUCCACGCCGCCGGACCGGAGUUUGACGAAGUACUGGUUGGCCAGGGAGCUAGACGUGUGCGGGAUUUAUUCAAGGCAGCCAAGGAGCGAGCACCUUGUGUUAUUUUCAUCGAUGAAAUCGAUUCGGUCGGUGCUAAGCGAACUAACUCGGUACUGCAUCCGUACGCCAAUCAGACCAUCAACCAGUUACUGUCGGAGAUGGAUGGAUUUCAGCAAAACGAGGGAGUUAUCGUGCUGGGGGCAACCAACCGACGGGAUGAUCUUGAUCAGGCCUUGUUGAGACCGGGUCGUUUUGACAUCGAAGUGGUUGUUCCUACCCCCGAUUAUACUGGUCGGAAGGAAAUCCUUACCCACUAUCUUAGUAAGAUUUUGAGCAAGGGAAUUAACGUGGAUCAACUGGCGAGAGGAACGACGGGCUUUACGGGAGCCGAUAUUGAGAAUAUGGUCAAUCAGGCUGCAUUAAGAGCUGCUAUUGAUGGAGCUGAAGUUGUAUCCAUGAAGCACUUGGAAAAUGCCCGAGAUAAAGUACUUAUGGGUCCGGAGCGAAAAUCUCGUCUGCCAGACGAAGAGGCAAACAAAAUUACGGCGUAUCAUGAGGGCGGACAUGCAAUAGUAGCUUACUAUACAAAGGAGUCGCAUCCGCUUCACAAGGUGACAAUCAUGCCACGUGGGCCAUCGCUCGGGCAUACCGCGUAUAUCCCAGAAAAGGAACGUUAUCACGUCACCAAGCAACAGCUGUUGGCUAUGAUGGACACGAUGAUGGGUGGCAGAGCAGCGGAGGAAUUGAUUUUUGGAGUGGAUAAAAUUACUUCAGGAGCCAGCAGUGAUCUGAAACAAGCGACGUCCAUUGCCUCGCACAUGGUCCGCGAGUGGGGCAUGUCCGAUAAGGUAGGAUUACGUACGAUCGAAACGUCAAAAGGAUUCGGCGCUCCAUCGGAAAUGCUUUCGCCAUCGACGGUGGAGAGCGUGGACGUUGAAAUUAAAAAAAUCCUCAACGAUAGCUAUGAACGAGCCAAGGCCAUCUUGAAACAGCAUGCCAAGGAACACAAGGCACUGGCAGAAGCACUACUCAAAUACGAAACACUUGACGCCGAGGACAUUAAGGCAAUUUUGGGCGGCGACAAGCUUACUCCCGAAGAGCACCGGGCUGGUUGAGGUGAGGAACACGCGCUCGCAUUAUUCCAUACAACACAUACGAGGAAGUGAAUGAGAGUAAAAAUCUUAUCGUGACUGUUUAGAAACAAACACGCUGACUUGCUUAGUGUACACCUGGCUGACAAAUCAGCUUAAAUGUAGGGUUAUUAAAUAAUUUAAUCCACGCUUCCUGCUUCCAUUUAAGCAGAAUUGAAAAUUAAACCUUUAAAUAGUCUUAACGAAAUGGUUAGUAACUGUUGAGUAAAAACAUAUAUACCUAUUAUAAUUGGCAAAAAUACACUUGAGUCCAACUAGGCUGAGCGAAUUCACAUGGUCACGAAAGCACGCUAAACUUGAAUGAAAUUGGUAACUAUACUGUCUGUGAAUGGCGUACGUACAAGAAUGAAUGUCUUGCAAAUGUCUAGUUAUGCGAAGUACAUUUGCUUAACGAGAUCUUUUGGGGUACAACUUUUAUUUAUAAAAAGGAAAUUUGUCGCUGCAGCAGCAUUGUUAUAGAUUAGUUUUUUUUUUCCUAUAAUAAAGUAACCAUAGUAGUUA